UCCUUUUCCCUCCAUGGGCAUGAACCCAUCUCCUUUGGCUGGAGCAGAACAGUAGCCCGCGGGAGCAUGAACCCCGACUCCAGCAAGAGCAACAGCCACUUCGCCAAGACAAUCUGCUCCAUCUGCUACGAAGAUCUAAAGCCCACCCUCGAAGAUCUGCAAUCCAUCUCCAUCUGCGGCCACGUCUUCCACGAGCUUUGCCUCCAGCAAUGGUUAGAGUACUGCCCAUCAGGGAAGAAAAGCAGCUGUCCUGUAUGCAAGCAGGCAUGCUCUCACAAGAACGUCGGUCGCCUCUACUUCCAGUCGAUCGGCGGCGAACCGACUCAGUCCAUUCCCUCUCAUCAGCCGUCAGAUUCCGCGGACACCAAUGCACUGAGCGCCGAGGUGAAGAGAUUGGAAUUGAAGCUUUCAGGGCUCAAUUCCGCACACGAGCGUCAACAGCAGCUUCUAAAUGAACUGAAUAAGGAGCUUUCUAUCAACAAGGAAAGGGCCAAGAAAGAAGAGUUGCUGAAGGAGGAUGCUCUGAAAGAGAAGGUGUGCAUUCGGGAGCUGCUUCGAAUGAAAACUGAGGAACUUGCUAGAUCGACUGUGGAGUGCUCUAGGCUGAAGGAGAGGAGUAUUGCUUUGGCCAAGGAGCUCGCCACACUCAAAUUGGUGUCGGAUGUGACCCUAGAGGAAGAAGAAGUUGUGAAGCUUGCCUCGAUUGGUGGCGGGUCUAACAAGGAGCAAACGAUAGAUAUUCUAAAGAAGUCACUUGUCCUUCGCAACAAGAGCUAUAAAGAAUUGAUGGCCCAGUGCAACCUUCUAGGAAGAGGAGAGACUCGUUCUCUUAAAAAGCUUGAGAAGGCUGAAGAAAGGAUAAAGAAAUUAAAAACAAGACUGCAUGAACUAGAGAGGGCUAUUGAAGAGAAAGAUAAUGAAACCUUACGGGCUAUUAAGGCUUCCUGGAGAGCCACUGCAGAAGGUAUCGAUAUGAGUGGUGUCAAGCAGAACUCCAUAUCUGCACCUGUUGGAAAAUGCUUACCGGAAGAUAAAACAGAGAAAACUGUUGACUUUAUGUCAAACUCAAAAGUCAACUCGAGUUCCAAGACCAAUUGUUCUCUCCAUUUGAAGACAGCUUGGAAUGUGUCCGAGUCCCAAAAAGAUUUGGGUUUGGCAACGAGCGAGAAAAAUAAUGAUAUAAUUGAUAUUGAUCUAGAGACGGAUCCCUUCUUUUGGUUGGAUGGAGAUGUGGCCAAGCUUUCUGCAAUUGCACCUGAUUCCUGUGUUCGUGGACAAAGAAGUAUGGUUGGGUGCUCGGGUUCUAACCCCUCCACUGAGCAUGACAAGGGCAACCGACAUGAUGGAGCUAUGGAUGAAGAUGUGAUGUACGUAAACCAUUCAAAUGUAGCUGCAGAGACGAUGCCUCCGGAUAUCGUUUUGGAGGAUGCACCUUUUCUUCCAAUUAAAAGAGAAAGUUCUGAAGGUCCUGAGCUCAUUGCCCGUCCAGGGGAUCAAUGCUUGCCCGGUGGGCUUCUCGGACCUGAAGGAGCAAACAGAUAUGUGGGGAAGUGGUCCAGGAGAACCCAGAGUAAAGUGCCUUCAUCAGCAACAAGUACUGGAGAUUUGAUUGCUGUCGGAGCUGAUGGGAGAGGUGGUAGGAUUAAAGUGUUGAGAUCUCAAAACCAGCUGUUGCAGGAUGGCAAGGGGAGUUCAUUGUGGCCCAAGAGAUGCAAAUAUGGAGCCAAACAAGGCGGGCAAUCUCAAGGCUGCUUGCAAAUAGAACACUUCUUCCUUAAGAAGGGAAGUUCAUAAAGAUUUGUAGCUAUAAAUUCUGGGGGCUGUUUGGUUGCAUUUGACGAAUUCCCUGUUUGCUGGCGAGUCUGAAUUUUGUUUGGUUCACUGGUUUUCCUAGGAAAAGCAUGUAAUUGUGUCUGUCUUCAUAUGUCAGUCCUGUAUUUAGUUAAUCAGACUCUCAGUAAUCAUUUUGAUUGUACAAUUAUAACUGUUGAUCUAUGACAAGGAAAAAAUGUUGGGUCCCAAUUAAUCAUUUUGGAAAAUGUCUAAGCACUGAUCUGGACUGUU